AUGGGGCUACUAAGCAAUAUAAAUUUAAACGAAUUACUUUCAUUUGUCAUAGUAGGAUCAAUUGGCUACGUUUCCUAUUUCUACUAUAAAUACUUCACUCGUGAAAACCCUUUGCCCGGCCCCUUACCAUUACCACUCAUCGGAAACUUUUAUUUACUUAAAGAUGAAUUGGCCAUCAUGUUGAGUAAAUUACAAGCAAAUUACGGUGACUUCUUUGAAGUUUACAUGGGAAACCAACGUUACGUAUGCGUAGGCAAUGAAGAUUUGGCGAAAGAGAUGAUGAAAACAUCACUCGACAGUAAAUUUCAUCAACGUACAGACGAAAAUAAUGGAUUAAAAGAAUUAGGAUUACUCCACUCCGGACUUAUAUUUAACAUUGACUAUGACGAUUGGCAAUAUCAUCGUAGAUUCUAUUCAAAAACCAUGCUAUCGCCAUUAUUCUCCAAACAAGCGGUGGCCAGUGUACAAGUUGGGUUUGACGAGAUGCGCAAGUAUUGGGAUCAACUAGGAGAAGACAUUGUCAUAGAUUUUCCCAAUUGGAUGAAAAGAUAUUUUUUGGACACCAUUGCGAUCACCACCAGCAGUAAACCUGCUUACGCUUUGGCCAACUUUUACAAUAAUGUUUCACCCAACAAAAAAAUCACGGUGUCCACUCAUUAUAUAAAAGAAAGUGAAAUGUUUAUGAAUGCGAUUGAUUCUUUCAAUUCUGCACUGAAAUGGUUUAACCUAUUUCCUGCGUAUGUUCGCAAUUUCCCAGGAAUCAACUUGCACACCAGAAAGCUAAAAAAUGAAUUCUUUUGGUUUAAGAAUGAUGUUCGCAAAGUAGUCAAAGCAAGGCGAUCGGAGAUCGAUGCAACACCCAAAGACCAACCGCUUACUCCGGAUCUGUUGACCAUGUUCUUAACGGUUAACACUCCACGUGAUGUCACCGAACGAAUUGCCGACGAUCAACAUGAUAAACCAAUGACCGAUGAAGAAGCUGCCUCGAAUUACAUGGAAGUUUUGUCGGGUGGAGUUGACACCGGAUCAAACUCCAUCUGUUAUAUAGUUUAUUAUAUAUCUCAUUAUCCCGAUGUUAAACAGAAGUUGUUGAAAGAAUUUGAAACGGUAAUAGGAAGAGAUCCCAACGUGAAGAUUACCCUCGAUCAACUUAACAAACUAGAGUACACCGAAGCUGUUAUCAAAGAAGUUAGUCGAAUAUUUACCGUCACGCCAGUAACAUUUAAGAAAAAUACGGGUCCCGCAGAGAUCGGUGGUAUCGUGUUCCCAUCCGAUACAAAAUUUUUUAUAAGUCGCCAAGCUCUUCAUCUGAGCAAAUCCCAGUGGUCAGAUCCUGACAAAUUUAAUCCUGAUCGAUUCUUGAAAUUCAAUCCAGAGAGCAAGAAUCCUUUUUAUAUGUUCGGUGCAGGUCCUGGAAGGAAUUUAGCAAUGAUAGAACUCAAAGCUACGGUAUUCAUGCUGUAUUCAAGGUACGAGGUAGAACUUGUGGAUAUGAAUGCAUCUAUAAAAUACCGAAGUUCGCAUAUGAGACAUUGCACCGAGUUAAAAGUAAGGAUUAAAAGGCGACGAGAUUUGGAUACAGUCAAAAAUUAG